AUGACACCUCCAGGAAUUUUAUUGCGAUACAGUCAACACAUUCAUGGCCUCGGUGUCGUCCAAUUAGUACAAGAGGACGCAAAUACAGCCCAUCCUAUUCAAACGGACCUAGCCCAACAAAUUGUUGCUCUGAGCUACACCAAACUUUCGCCUACAAAUAAAAGAUUCUCCAACGUAACUUACAAACGAGGACUUGGAACAGUGGCAUUUCGCAAAUUAGGUGUAACAGUAGUCACAGUUGUACAGGAGCGUAGUAGAGGAGGGCUUGCUCGUCGAGUUAAAAUGUAUAGGACGAACUGGUUGCAGGGUAGGACGAGUUGA